UCGACAGCACAGCUAAUUCACCUCUGCCUACAGCUGAGGCGGCUGAGCUGACGUGUCGCGCCUCCCGUGAUCCACGCCGCCCGCAUUGUCGAAUCCACCUUGCCUUCAGCUUCGUUCCGCGCGCCGUCAUUCCCGCCGCCAUGUCCGCUCUCUGCUCCCCUCUCGCGCGACUAUUCUCCCGCUCCUCAUUCGCAGCUUAUCGUAGUGCCCGCCGCGGCAGCAUCCAAGCCCAAUCACUCGACGCCACAAUCCCCUGCGCGCCCUCGCUUUUGCGCCGCUCCAAUUUAACCGCGCGCGCAGCACCCCCCUCAGCGGACUCUUCUCCCCGGGCUUGGAGCCACCUGGUGGCGCGUCUUCCGCGGCUGCAAAGCGCGCCGAGCCUUUCUUCAGCGCAUCCGCGCAGGGAGGCGUCGGGCGUGGCGGUAGCGCGCGUGAGCUCUGCGGAGGAAAAUGCGCCGCAGGAGCAGGCGGAGCGUGAGGCGGAGGUCGCGGGGAAGAGAGUGCGGCUCGGAUUCAUAGGCGCGGGGCAGAUGGCGGAGGCGGUGGCGCGGGGGCUGAGCGCGGCUGGCGUGGUGGAGUAUGCUGACAUGGCGGCUGCUGACGUCAGCAGCGACAGGCUGGCGGUGUUUCAGGGGAUCGGCAUCGACACCAAGGAGAGCGCCAAGGAGGUGGCAGCCAGCAGUGACGUCAUCUUCAUUGCAGUGAAGCCGUUCGCCGUACAGCCCGUGCUUGCUGACCUGGCAGCCUCGGGCGCGCUGACGGAGCGCCACCUCAUCGUGUCGAUCGCCGCGGGCGUGCCACUUGGCAAGAUGCAGCAGUGGGUGGGGGAGGAUGUGCGGAUUGUCAGAGUCAUGCCCAACACACCGUGCCUUGUCGGUGCCACUGCUGCUGCCAUGAGUCUGGGAGCGCGGGCAACAGAGGAGGACGGGGCGUUGGUGAAGGCCAUGUUUGGAGCCGUGGGGGAGGUGUACGAGGUGGAGGAACGGCUCCUGGACGCCGUUACUGGACUCAGUGGUAGCGGCCCGGCCUACGUGUUUGUGGCGAUCGAGGCUCUGGCAGACGGUGGUACGGCUGCUGGGCUUCCCAGGAAGGUGGCUCUGUCGCUCGCUGCACAGACGGUGUAUGGCGCAGCCAAGAUGGUGAUCGACACACAGAAGCACCCAGGGCAACUAAAAGACUCCGUCGCAUCACCAGCAGGCACCACCAUCGCCGGCCUGCAUGAGCUGGAGAAGGGCGGGUUCCGGUCGCUGUUAAUGAAUGCUGUGAUCGCAGCGGCCAAUAGGAGUAAGGAGAUGUCCAAAUGAACAUCAGAAGUGUCUAAAUGAGGCGCCUCAAUGUGUGGUUUGCAGUGCAGUAAUUACUCAUGAAAAACUGUUGCUGCAGUAGCCAAAAAAUGACCUUUGAGCUGAUUAAGUGAAUAAUCGUGACGUUCUGUUACCGGUAUG